AUGAGGCAGAAGCACCCCAAAGCCAGGAAGCCAGCCAUGAAGGUCUACAGCUGGUCCGUCAGCCACUUUGUUGGCUGCUCCAUCCGCUUUCCAUGGGAAGUAGCUCUCUGGAGGGAAGGGUUUUCUGCUAGCUCGUCUUCCAUGCUCUGCAGUGAGCAUUUCAAGCCGGAGGACUUUGACAGAACAGGUCAGACAGUCAGGAUCAGAGAUGGAGCUGUCCCUUCUGUCUUCAGUUUCCCAGCUCACCUCACCUCCAGAGGGUAUCCUGUUGCUACCAGGACAACUGAGACCUCAAAGAAGGCUCAAGAGACUAUGGCAGUGGACUGUUCCCAGCUUGUCCAAGACACUGAUGAACCCCUGCCUGUACCCAGUGUUGACCACUCCUAUGUCCUGCCUUCAUCAACUGAUGAUCUGAGGGCCAGACUUAGUGAUGUCUUGGCUAGGGUGGAGAGUCUGGAAAGAGAGAAGAGGAAUGCAAAGGAUAGAGAAAGGAGGGCAAAGAACACUGUGUGCAGUCUUCUGGAGGAUCUCAGAGGAAAGAAACUCAUAAAUGAAGAGCUGAAAGACAAGCUAUAUAGCUGA